UGUACCCAAUGUUUCUCUAUAUAUAGAUCAAUGAUUCAUAACUAGACUUUUUAAGUUUAGAUAUUCAACUUAACCACCACAUUUUCUCCAAAAACCAUGGAAAAACCAGCCCAUAUAGUCCUUAUACCUAGCCCUGGAAUGGGUCACCUCAUCCCAUUAGUUGAAUUUGCCAAGAGACUUAACACCCUACACAAUUUUUCAUCAACAUUUUUCAUCCUAAAUAAUGGUCCUUUGUCUAAAUCCCAACAUGCAUUUCUUGAUUCACUUCCAAAUGCCAUAAACUAUCUCAUUCUUCCUCCUUUAAACUUUGAUGAUUUGCCACAAGAUACCAAAAUCGAGACGCGAAUGAGUCUCAUGGUGACCCGGUCCAAUCCUUCUAUUAAAGAAGCCUUAAAGUCCAUAACUUUGAACAAAAAGGUUGUUGCUUUAUUUGUUGAUCUCUUUGGAACAGAUGGUUUUGAUAUUGCUAUUGAAUUUGGUAUCCCUCAUUAUCUUUUCUUUCCGGCAUCAGCCAUGACUUUGUCUUUGUUUCUUCAUUUACCAAUGCUUGAUCAAAUGGUUUCUUGCGAGUAUAGGGACAUGCCUGACCCGGUUCAGAUACCCGGUUGCAUACCACUUCAUGGUAAGGAUUUUCUUGACCCUCUUCAAGACAGGACUAAUGACGCAUACAAAAUGGUGUUGCAUAAUGCAAAAAGGUAUAUGAUGGCUAAGAGCAUUGUAGUAAAUAGCUUUAAGGAGUUAGAGGGUGGAGCAAUUGAAGCUUUACAACAAGAGCAGCUCGGUAAGCCACUUGUUUAUCCUGUUGGACCGUUGAUACAAUCAACAUCGAAUGAGACUAGUCAGGAUGUAAACGAGUCAAAAUGCUUGAAUUGGUUAGAUGGUCAGCCAUUUGGGUCUGUCUUGUUAAUAUGUUUUGGUAGUGGUGGGACACUUUCGUCCGGACAAAUCACUGAGUUAGCCAUGGGCUUGGAGUUGAGUAAGGCAAGAUUUAUAUGGGUGGUUAGAGCCCCAAAUGAUAAACAAGCUGAUGCCAAAUAUUUAAGUUCGGAUACCCAUAACGACACUUUGGACUAUUUACCAAAAGGGUUCUUAGAAAGAACCAAAAAUCAUGGGCUGGUGGUGCCCAGCUGGGCACCACAAGCCCAAAUCUUGAGCCAUGCCUCCACAGGCGGGUUCUUGACUCACUGUGGUUGGAAUUCGCUUCUUGAAACUGUAACCCAAGGUUUACCAAUGAUUGCUUGGCCACUUUACGCAGAACAAAAGAUGAACGCAGUAAUGUUGUCUGAGGGUUUGAAGAUUGCGUUACGAGCUAAGGCUAAUGGAAAUGGAAUCGUGGAUCGUUUAGAGAUUUCUCGGGUUGUCAAGGGUUUGUUAGAAGGAGAAGAAGGAAACGCGAUUCGUAUUAGAAUUCAAAAGCUUAAAGAAGCAGCCGCGGAUGUGCUUACUAAAGAUGGGUGUUCUACAAAAGCAUUAGAUCAGCUAGCUUCUACAUUGAAGAAUAAAAUUUAAUUGCUGUAUAAAUACAUUUACAUAUAUUUAACUUGUGUAUCAGUUAUUAAUCACCUUCAUCUUUCAAUUGCA